AGUGCAUGUUUGUAUUGUGUGUGUGCUAUGUUUAUGUAUGUGUGGAGUGUGUGUGGGUAUGUGUGAGGUGGAAGACAGAUACUGAGCCCCUAGGAGGUGCUAGAGUGCUCAGGGCAAAUCAGAGAGCCAGGCUUGGUCCUAAAACUGCCCUGCCUUCUUGGGGAAAGCAGGGCCAUGACUGUGACCCUUUGUGAAUGUCACCUGUAGACAGCAGUGUUAACCAGUGAGACUGGUUAAAUAGGGCCAGUCUCUCUUGCAGUGUCACUGCCAAGGCUCCCACUCACCUCUCUCCUUCAUCUUCUGAAAAAAAGGUGACCUGCCCCUUUAAGAAAAGGAAGCUUCCAGUGCUCUACUAAGGAGCCUUACUGGUGGUGGUGGAGGUGGUGCCACCAGAGGGGUCAGAUCAGGAUCAGGCUGGUUUUGGGGUCUUCCAACUGAAUAGGUUAGCUGCUGAAUUGGGGAGGAGUCAGGAGGGGACCUGCAAGGCAGUAGGAUCUUUGUCCCCAGUAGACCAUAAGGUGCCCAGUGUGGGCCUUGGUCUUCCUCCCACCCCCCAGGUCACUUCCAGACAGUGCAACUCUGCUCGGUUCUCCUGUUGGGUCUCACGCUCCUGAGUGUUGUACGUGCAGGUUGCUCACAGCCUCCUGAAUCUAAGGUCUGCAGCACCUCUAGGCUCCAUGUCCUGUUUGCAUCCUGUGGCUUGAGCCUGAGGUUGCCCAUAUUGCCUGGCUGGAUGGAGUGGGUGAGCCAGGAUACCUCCCUGUCCAGAAAGGAUGCCUGGACUCAGACUUCCCCAGCCAGGAAGAGGAUCAGGCGUGCCCAAGUCCAGGGUGCAGGUCAGCUGAAGCUGUCCAUUGAAGCCCGGGACCGGGUUCUGCUGCUCCACAUCAUAGAAGGCAAAGGCCUGAUGAGCAAAGAGCCUGGCGCCUGUGAUCCCUAUGUGAAGAUGUCUUUGAUCCCUGAAGAUAAUCGAAUCCACCGUCAGAAGACGCAGACCAUUCCAGACUGCAGAGACCCAGCUUUCCAUGAGCACUUUUUCUUUCCUGUCCAAGAGGAGGAUGAUCAGAAGCGUCUUCUGGUUACUGUGUGGAACAGGGCCAGGGAGUCCAGACAGGGUGGACUCAUCGGCUGCAUGAGCUUUGGGGUGAAGUCCCUUCUGACUCCGGACAAGGAGAUCAGUGGCUGGUACUACCUUCUAGGGGAGGACCUGGGCCGGACAAAGCACCUGAAGGUGGCCAGGCGGCGACUGCGGCCACUGAGAGACCCGCUGCUGAGAAUGCCAGGAGGUGGGGACACUGAGAAUGGGGAGAAACUCAAGAUCACCAUCCCGAGGGGGAAGGACGGCUUUGGCUUCACCAUCUGCUGCGACUCUCCGGUCCGCGUCCAGGCCGUGGAUUCUGGGGGCCCGGCAGAGCGUGCUGGGCUGCAGCAGCUGGACACGGUGCUGCAACUGAAUGAGAGGCCUGUGGAGCACUGGAAAUGUGUGGAGCUGGCCCACGAGAUCCGGAGCUGCCCCAGUGAGAUCAUCCUGCUCGUGUGGCGCAUGGUCCCCCAGGUCAAGCCGGGGCCAGACGGCGGGGUCCUGCGGCGGGCUUCCUGCAAGUCAACACAUGACCUCCAGUCGCCGCCCAACAAGCGGGAGAAGAACUGCACCCAUGGGGCCCAGGCACGGCCCGAGCAGCGCCACAGCUGCCACUUGGUGUGUGACAGCUCUGAUGGGCUGCUGCUUGGCGGCUGGGAGCGCUACACCGAGGUGGCCAAGCGUGGGGGCCAGCACACCCUGCCUGCCCUGUCCCGUGCCACCGCCCCCACCGACCCCAACUACAUCAUCCUGGCCCCACUGAACCCUGGGAGCCAGCUGCUUCGACCUGUGUACCAGGAGGAUACCAUCCCCGAAGAAUCAGGGAGUCCCAGUAAAGGCAAGUCCUACACGGGCCUGGGGAAGAAGUCCAGGCUGAUGAAGACGGUGCAGACCAUGAAGGGCCAUGGAAACUACCAGAACUGCCCGGUCAUGAGGCCACAUGCCACACACUCAAGCUAUGGCACCUAUGUCACCCUGGCCCCCAAAGUCCUGGUGUUCCCUGUCUUUGUUCAGCCUCUAGAUCUCUGUAACCCUGCCCGGACACUCCUGUUGUCGGAAGAGCUGCUGCUGUACGAGGGGAGGAACAAGGCUGCCCAGGUGACACUGUUUGCCUACUCGGACCUGCUGCUCUUCACCAAGGAGGACGAGCCCGGCCGCUGUGACGUCCUGAGGAACCCCCUCUACCUCCAGAGUGUGAAGCUGCAGGAGGGUUCUUCUGAAGAUCUGAAAUUCUGUGUGCUGUAUCUGGCAGAGAAGGCAGAGUGCUUAUUCACUUUGGAAGCGCACUCGCAGGAGCAGAAGAAGAGAGUGUGCUGGUGCCUGUCGGAGAACAUCGCCAAGCAGCAACAGCUGGCGGCGCCGCCCCCAGAGAGCAAGAUGUUUGAGACAGAAGCAGAUGAGAAGAGGGUGAUGCCUUUGGAGGAAGGGAAGGGGCCAGGUGCUGAGGACCCCCCACCCAGCAAGGACCCCUCUCCUGGCCAGGGGCUUCCUCCAGGACAAGACCUUCCACCCAACAAGGACUCCUCUUCUGGGCAGGAACUCGCUCCUGGCCAAGAACCACUGUCCAGCAAAGACUCGGCUACCAGCAAAGAACUCCCUCCAGGCCAAGAAGCCCUGCUGGGCAAGGGCUCCCCACCAUGCCAGGACCCCCUUCCAGCCCAAGACCUCACACCCUGCCAGGACCUUCCUGCUAGUCAAGAACCCCCUCCUCCCCAGGACCCCCUAUGUAGCAGAGACCUCCCUGCCACCCAGGAACCCCCUGCCCAGGACCCGCCCUGUCAAGAUCUGCUUCCCGGCCAGACCACCGUGCCAGCCACGGCCCUUACUGAGGAGACUGUGAGCUCUGGGGACCCACCAGCAGCCACCAGGGACCCACCUGCGGCCUCCAGGCCAACCUUUGUGAUCCCCGAGGUGCGGCUGGACAGUGCCUAUAGCCAGAAGGAAGGGGCAGAGGGGGGCAGCUCGGGAGAGGAGGAGGAUGCAGAAGAUGUGGAGGAGGGGGAAGACGGGGACGAGGAGGAGGAUGAGGACACAAGCGACGACAACUACGGAGAGCGCAGCGAGGCCAAGCGCAGCAGCAUGAUCGAGACGAGCCAGGGCGCGGAGGGCGGCCUCUCGCUGCGUGUGCAGAACUCGCUGCGGCGCCGGACGCACAGCGAGGGCAGCCUGCUGCAGGAGGCCCGUGGGCCCUGCUUCGCCUCCGACACCACCCUGCACUGCUCAGACGGCGAGGGCGCGGCCUCCGCCUGGGCCAUGCCUUCGCCCCGCACCCUCAAGAAAGAGCUGGGCCGCAAUGGCGGCUCCAUGCACCACCUCUCCCUCUUCUUCACAGGACACAGGAAGAUGAGCGGGGCUGACGCGGUUGGGGACGAUGACGAAGCCUCCCGGAAGAGAAAGAGCAAAAACCUAGCCAAGGACAUGAAGAACAAGCUGGGCAUCUUCAGACGGCGCAACGAGUCCCCUGGGGCCCCUCCAGGGGGCAAGGCAGACAAAAUGAUGAAGUCGUUCAAGCCCACCUCAGAGGAAGCCCUCAAGUGGGGCGAGUCCUUGGAGAAGCUGCUGCUUCACAAAUAUGGGUUAGCGGUGUUCCAGGCCUUCCUGCGCACCGAGUUCAGUGAGGAGAACCUGGAGUUCUGGCUGGCUUGUGAGGACUUCAAGAAGGUCAAGUCACAGUCCAAGAUGGCAGCCAAAGCCAAGAAGAUCUUUGCUGAGUACAUCGCGAUCCAGGCGUGCAAGGAGGUAAACCUGGACUCGUACACGCGGGAGCACACCAAGGACAACCUGCAGAGCGUCACUCGGGGCUGCUUCGACCUGGCACAGAAGCGCAUCUUCGGGCUCAUGGAGAAGGACUCGUACCCUCGCUUUCUCCGCUCUGACCUCUACCUAGACCUUAUUAACCAGAAGAAGAUGAGUCCCCCACUUUAGGGGCCACCGGAGUAGAGCUCAGCGUUCACACCAGGCAGGCUGGGCCCCCUGCCCACCUGCCUCCCUCCCCCCUGCGACAGAGGGGGCAAGCAAGCCCCCAGAGGCUGUGUCUCCGGACAGACAGAUGGACAUUUGGAUGCAAGGCCUGGGCUGAGAGAGGCCCAGGCUGCUGGAGGAGUAGAACGACUGGCCCUGUUGGGUCCCCGCUGUCCCGGUACGAGGGGGGCCCAAGGGCCCCGGCAGGUCAGGGGCCUGUCUAAGCCAGAUCCGGAGCUGCCGCUCCCUGCUGUGGAGACUUCGGAGACUUCGCAUUGACCAAGUUCCUUAAAGAACUGGCUGAUGGUGCAGGAGGCCCAGGCCUGGGCUCUGGGGCCCUCCUGGGGGCCACUGGGGCUCGCAGCUCAGACCCUCGCCUUGGGUUUUAUUUAUUUAAACAGUAGUUGGAUGCUUGGCACGUCGUCCUGUGAUAGGAAACCCUUGCCUCAUCAGUUUUCCUAAUUUACAAGUGCAAUAUUUUAACCAACGCCUUGUGAAAAGCCACCUCGCAGAGGUGGACAUCAUUCUUGAGUUUCAGGGGAUUUGCCGGUCCCGGCACCAGUGGCAGGCAGCUGUGCCUUCUGGACUGAUGAGGCCCAGUGGGACACCACAGUCUGACCACACACAGAAAUCUGGUACCCCCUGGGUAGGGUGUCCCUCAGGGGCUCCGGGAAAGCGUGGCGCCCUCAGACCACACAGUAGCCAAGUUCUGGAGCAAAUAAAAGGCCUGUGUUAUUGUUCUUGA